AUGAAUAGUACCUAUCCAGGAUUCCCUCAGUCGUGGGGUGUCGAUCUCCCUCGUUGCGACGCACUACGCAUACUAGAGAUCAUCCAGGUCUCAGUACUGCCGGAGCAUGUCAUACCAAUACCGCUUGAAGGAGUCAUGAAUCUUCCACUCCUUCACACGUUGCGGCUGAGCAUUCCGACGGCAACUGCCUUCGCCAGCUUUCGAUGUCCCAACCUUCAGCACAUUGGUUUCAUUCCUCCAUCAGGUUUCAAUAUGUCACAAUCUAGGAAUAUCUUGUAUGAAGCAAUCAACGGCGCCAUCGACUCUUUCCCUUCCAUCUCCGUUAUUACAGUUUACUAUGAACAGCUCUCUGAUUGCUCUGUUCUAGGAAAGCUUUUAUCCGAUAAUUCGGCGCCAAACGAACGCGAACUCGAGCUGUGGGCCUCAAAGGGCGUGUCUGUGCUAUUCGACCCACCCCUACUCCCACCCGAGCAUCUGGAUAAUAGGCUCAUUCGGGCAGCCCAAGAAUUGGUAGACGACGGGCGGUGGGAAAUAAUCAUGUUCGGGGAGGACUGA